UUGCGAGGAACUAACUAUCACAGGGUGGCCAUGUGCGUAGGAAGUAUGAGAAUAUAUAAGAGCAGUUGUCGAUACAUUAUUGGUUCCAACGGCGCUACUCUUUUUCAACGGCGUUAAACUCUUGUCACGUCAUAUAUGACUUGUUCACAUCAGCCAGCUAGGAAUACAGAAAAGUGGGAGGGAAAGGAGAGCUUAGAAAUACAGCAACGUAUCAGGAAGAUCGGCUGCCGAAAUCAUGAGAGAAAGCCGAUCAUCUGACUCCGCGAUAUUAAACGGCAGCUCACUAGAGGGCGCUGGCAAUAACGACCUCUUCGUAGAACCCACGGAUGAGGAUGGCUGGAAGGUCUUACUACACGCUGCCCGUAACGGACAUACAAAGAUAGUCAGUACGCAGUUACAUCAUGGCGUCGAUAUGGAACACGCAGACGAGAAUGGCUGUACGCCAUUACUGUAUGCAGCUCAGUACGGUCAUACAGAUACGGUCGCUAUGCUAUUAGAUAAAGGCGCCAAUGUGGAACACGCGGACACGCAUGGAAAGACUUCCUUAUUACACUCUGCGUAUAACGGUCACGCAGAGACGGUCAGUGCGUUAUUAGCUAAUCGCGCUAACAUAGAACACGCGGACAAUUUCGGUUGGACAGCGUUAUUGUAUGCUGCCCGUACUGGUCACACGAACACGGUCGGUGUGCUGCUAUCUAACGGAGUUAACACAGAACACAGGGACAGCGACAGGAGGACCGCAUUACUACGCGCUGCCGUUGGAGGCCACACGGACACCGUAACGUUCUUGUUAGAUAGAAAUGCUCAUCUCGAACACGCGAGCAAGCGGGGAUGGACGGCGUUGCUGUACGCCGCCCGCCAUGGCCACACGGGCACGGUCAGCGAGCUGCUACGCAGAGGUGCCUUCAUCGAACACACGAGCCAGGCAGGGAACUGGACGGCGUUGAUGCUCGCUGCGCGUAACGGCCACAUAGACACGCUGUUGCUGUUGCUAUCGCGACACGCAUUUACGGAACGCGCGAACAACGACGGCUGGACGGCGUUACUGUGCGCCGCCCGUCACGGCCACACCGAGGCCGUCGGUGCGCUGCUUUCCAGACGCGCCCGCAUCGAACACGUAGACGAGAACGGCUGGACGGCGCUGCUGCACGCGGCAAACGACGGUCACACGGACACGGUCGUGCGCUUACUGGCGGCGGGAGCGCGUCUCGAGUGCCGCAGUAAGGACGGAUGGGCCCCGUUAACGUGGUCAGCCUACCGCGGCCGCUCGGACACCGUCGUAGCGUUACUGGCCGAGGGAGCCGCGCCCGAUGACGUGACGAGAGCGUACAACGCGGCCGUGGAUCGAGCCAACGCCGUCACCAUCAACGACGGCCAGCGACGGGCCGCCGGAGCGAUUCUAGCGCACCAGCACUUCAGAAAGCUGCCCGGCCAUUGCUACUGCGACAUUGAACGCGUGGCUCCACCUUGCGACAUCGGCGGCAUUACGUCACUGUCCGGCGUGUGGGAGACUCCGGGCUUGGGGAAGUUGGAGAAUCGCGAGGAAUGCGAUCAACUGCGGUCAGCCGUGCUAGACCUAAUGGAUCGGGUCUGCAGAGAGAUGUCUGAAGUAGAUCGAGACUUUGUCUGUACGCCCGUUCUCGUAGGCAGCACGGCUAACCGCACUAAAGCUGGCUUACCAAACGAAUUCGAUUUCCUAUUUGAGAUGGAAAAUUUUAAAGACAGCGUGACGAUUGAAAAAACAAGUACAGCUGGCGUUGUUAAUGUUCGUGAUAACAGAACAAACCGGCAAGUGUCAGUCAAUCUCAAAGAACAAUUCGUAAAAACCCUAUGCGUGGCCGUGGGCAAUGUAAUGAAAGAAGGAGAACACGCAUUUAAAAUUCUUAAGAAAUCAAAGAUUUUAGAAUGGAAUAAGGUCUGUACACAAUUCAAUUUAAAAUAUGUCAGAGGCGAUUAUUUUACAUUCCUAACAUUAACCGUAGACAUUACUCCUGGAGUUCGUAUAUCUGGUAAGCCAGCGAAUGCAACUGAACGAUUCCCCCACAAUUUCCAUUACUACGUUGUACCAAAGCCUGUCGCGGGAUCAAAUAAUAACUGCUGGUCUGUGUGCACCUCAGGAGCAGAGAACAAAGCUAUUAUGAGUUUUCCGAAAGUUUAUCAGCAGUCCCUAAUUACAGCAAAAGCCCUAAUCGAUUCUCGAAUUCAUGAUUAUGACGGAACGUGUCGUAGCAUGUCGAAGUUAUUUCAAAAUGGCGCCGUGUCAGAUCUACGCGUACGUAACAUGGACAUAAUACGGCUGUUUGAGACCACUCGUUGUAGACCUAGCGUAACGAUAGAUUCGUACCACCUAAAACUCGCGCUCAUUCACGUCAAAUCGAACGCGACGCAGGAAUCUCCGCAGUGCCUGACAAUCGUACGCGAAAUGUUCGAGUACAUCAAAACGUGUUCGAACGAGGAGAGGAUGCCUCAUCCUUACAUCGAUAAUUUCAACGUGCUCGCAGAGAACUGCAAGAAAAAGAUCGAGUACGUUCCGGUCAACUAUCUGAGGAAGCGACACAUAGACGCUCUGCUUGAGCGGUUAAAAGAUGAUUACGAGGGCAGGCUAGUGAGUAACACCGGGCUUAUUAAAAUCGGUGCUGCCGAGCUGUGGACGGUGAUCGAAGAAUCAAGCAGAUCAACCAAGCCCACUACCGAGCCGACUGAGCCUACCGAACUAGCAGAUAUAGAACGGUGGUUCAUCAAUGCUUGGAAUUUACUGACAGACACGUGUGACGCAAGCACUUAGAUAUUUAUAACUUCACGUAGUUUUUGAAUUUCCAGUUGUAAAUCACAGCCAUCGAGGGUAUUUAUUUAUUUAUUCAUUACCUGCUGUAAAGUGUUGAUCGAGAUAUGGCAACUAGCUAUGAUUACCGGUGUUAAAGUUGUAUUUACUUGUAAAUAAAUAAUUUAGAAUUAGUAUUGCA